ACCUCUGCUUCAAACAUAUAACGCUAGCUAACGUUAAACAAGAGUGGAAGUAACAGCUCUUUCGGUUGUAUGGAGGAAGUAUUAGUAUUGUGUAUUGUGUGCAGUCGCAACAAAUUUAUAAUUAACAAAAAAACGGUGAGCACUCGUAAAGUGCCAGUGUAGACUUCAUUUGACGUGGUUGUGUUUACUUAUUUAGCUAUAUUAGCUACCUUGGCUACAACAGAGCUAACAGUAUUUAGCGUGAGCAUAGCACCGCCGGUUGGCCUGAUGUUAACCCACGUGUCUGUACAUUUUGAUUGUCUACAUAUACACCUCAUAAUUACAUGUUCAAAGAAAAACAAACACAACCAAACGAUUUUAUUGCCCUUUGCUAACAACUUAAAAGUUGUAGUAACUUGAAUGAGCCGUUAGCCACCGCUGUUUUGAUAGUAGUGCAGUGAGCCGUCGCUAGGUGGUGCUGUUCAGCUGCUGUUUCUGAGGCUGUGGAUUAUACCAUGGAAGAUGAUGGUGAGCAAGGAAGCAAAGACGACAUCAUCUUUAUUGAGGACUUAAAUAGUUCAGAAGAAGAAGAAGAGAUCAAGUUCAGUCACCAGAAACGUCACAGCAGCUGUAAACGGGCUGCACGGCUCAGCAGGGAAAGCUCUCCUUCGCUCCUCCUGGCGUUCAACAUCACCUCUGGACGAGCGCUGCAGCUCAGCAGCACGAGUCCUACUUCCAGUUUAGACUUGCAGCAGGAGGAGGAGGACAGUGACCGGCCCAUCGAGGAGUGGAUGCUCCUUGGAGGAGAGGAGCAGGGGGGAGACUCAAGCAUCCAGCUCAACCUGAGCUACAGGGACCGCUGUGAGGAUGACUCUGGAGAUGAAGACCAGGCUGUGAAGUCAGUGAAGGAUACCUGGGCUGUGUCAGAGAGAGACAAGCGCGGAGCUGAUCGCUCUCUGCCCAGCCGCUAUUUUAUGACUGGUCGUUCUCUGAUCUGUCACAUUUGCAAAAAGGUGGGACACCUUCCCAAAAGCUGCUACAACCAUAAGAAAUGUGCCACCUGUGUUCUUUGUGGGACACAGGGCCACAUCCAGAGAGACUGUCCGGGCCGCCCCUGCCUCAGCUGUGGACUGCCAUCACAUGGCCCCGGGCCCUGUGAAAGGCCCCGGGUGUGGAACCAACACUGCCAGCGCUGUGGGAUGUCAGGGCACCUCUCUGAUGCCUGCCCUGAUACGUGGAGACAAUGCCACUUGACAAACCGGUUAGAGCUUCCAGUCAAGCCGUGGACAGUCCACAUCCUAAGGAAGAAGAAAUGCCCCGCUCAUUGUUACAACUGCUCUAAGAGGGGACACUAUGGCUAUGAGUGCACUAAGAGGAGGAUGAUCAGUGGGACUUUUCCCUCACUGCCGUAUGUCUGCCACUAUGACACCAUCGACGAUGUCCUCCAAUGUCGCACCAGGAAGCAGAAAAGAGCCAAAGAGCUUUUGAGUGCUGGAUCCCUGCCUCCGUCAGACCAGCAGCACUUGUCUGAAGCAACAGGCGAGAGUGGUGAGGAGAAUCGGCCCAUCCAGGGGAGGAGCAGGACAAAGCAGGAGACAUGCGGCCUGGCUGGCAGGAGGAAGAAGUGGCCAGAGAAGCGCAGAGAGAGACGGGAGGUGAAGAAGCUGAGGAGAGACGCUCAAGCCAGACGAGAAGGAGGACUACUGAAAGGAUCCGGGAGGUACUUUGACGAUGAAGUUUGCCCCGCAGACCUCCGCGGUCACAAGCAGUACACACCCCCUCCGCGGAAGAGGAAGGAUGAGGCUGCUGGCAGAAGCAAGAAGAGCAGAGAGGCUGAGAAGUGGAAGAAGAGAGGAGGGAUAAAACGUGGGGAUUUAUAUCCUCAUGGUGAUGUAGACAUCGGUAGCAAAAGCCUUCUUUCCCCAAAACAAAGAGUACGCCACAGACAAAGAUAAUUAUUUUUUUUUCCUUUUUCAAGGAGGAUCAAAUAUAACUGGAUAGUUAAGUAUUUUGUAUUUUUGUGAUUGAUUUAAUUUAUUUUUUGUCAAAUAAAAAAAAAUGUGUUUUUGUAAUUUUAACCAUGUUCCGCAAGCUUGUUUCAUGCAAUUACAGUUUUCAACAUACAGUAUUUUGGAAUAUGUUUUUACACUGUUUUUUACACAAUGCCUUUUUUUUUUGGCUCAUGUAUAGUGUUGGAGGGGUGGUUUAUUACCCCCCCCCCCCAAAUAAUGGCAGUUUAUAGCAUUCAAAUAAUUAGCAAAUAGUGUUUGUAUGUUUAUAUUGUAAAGACGACAAUAAACAUGGAUUCCGGAUAACCUCGUGCAUAAUUUAUUGUGUGACUGAUACGUAUAAACAUAC